CUAUCACAGUGGAAAUGUCUCGGCCCUCAAGUACAAUUGCUGUUAUGGAGUCUGUGAUGAAGCUUCAAAGGGUACAGUUGAAAUGCAAGAACCUUCACGAAUUCCUACGGGGCCUCAGCCCUGGCAUAUUAGACCGCCUCUACAAUCAUCCUGCUACUUGUCUAGCAGUUUUUCGAGAGCUUCCCGGGUUGGCGAAGAACUAUGUCAUGCGGAUGCUGUUUCUAGAACAGCCCCUCCCUCAGGCAGCUGUUGCGACAUGGGUAAAGAAGGAGUAUGCCAAGGAACAAGAGGAGAGCUCGGACGUCUUGCUGGGGCUGCGCCUCUGGCACACCCAGUUGCUCCCAGGGGGCCUCCAGGGACUCUUCUUGAACCCCAUCUUUAAGGAAAACCUGCGCAUUGCUUUGUUGGGAGGAGGGAAGGCUUGGUCUGAUGACACCAGCCAACUAGGCCCAGACAAACAUGCCCGGGAUGUCCCAUCUCUAGACAAGUAUGCUGAGGAGAGGUGGGAGGUCAUCUUGCACUUCAUGGUUGGCUCACCGAGUGCAGCCGUAAGCCAAGACUUAGCUCAGCUGCUCAUUGAAGCAGGCCUGAUGAAAAGCAGUGAACCUGGAGAGCCGCCUUGCAUCACAUCUUCGGGCUUCCAGUUCCUGUUGCUGGACACCUCGUCUCAGCUGUGGUACUUCAUGUUGCAGUAUCUCCAGUCAGCUGAGAACCGGGGUAUGGACCUGGUGGAGAUCCUUUCCUUCCUGUUCCAGCUCAGCUUCUCCACGCUAGGCAAGGAUUAUUCAGUGGAAGGAAUGAGUGAUUCUUUGCUGAAUUUCCUUCAACAUCUCCGGGAGUUUGGCCUAGUCUUUCAGAGGAAGAGGAAAUCCAGGCGGUACUACCCCACCCGCCUGGCCAUCAACCUUUCCUCUGGCAUCUCAGGCACCACAGUCGACACCCACAACCAGGGCUUUAUUGUUGUGGAGACAAACUACAGGAUUUACGCAUACACAGAUUCUGAGCUACAGAUCGCACUCAUUGCCCUUUUUUCUGAGAUGCUCUAUCGCUUCCCCAACUUGGUAGUGGCUCAAGUCACCCGAGAAAGUGUGCAGCAGGCCAUCGCCAAUGGCAUCACAGCAGAUCAGAUCAUUCACUUUUUACGUACUCGAGCUCACGCUGUGAUGCUGAAACAGACUCCGGUGUUGCCGCCCACAAUCACAGACCAGAUCCGACUGUGGGAGCUGGAGCGGGACAGGCUGCGCUUCUCGGAGGGUGUCCUCUAUAACCAGUUCCUAUCCCAGGUGGAUUUUGAGCUGUUGCGCGAUCACGCCAGGGAACUGGGGGUGCUGGUCUUUGAGAACCCUGCCAAACGCCUCAUGGUGGUGACCCCUGCAGGCCACUCGGAUGUCAAACGCUUCUGGAAGAGACAGAAACACAGCUCCUGAAGAACAGCAGCUCUGCUCCAGAUGGACGCUGAGAUGCAGGAGCGAUCCCUCUGUCCAUAACUGAAGAGGGACAGAGAGAAUUAAGAAAUGGGGGUUGCUUAGUGACGGCCUCCUAAGCCCAAGAAAAGUUUACGUUAAGGAAACAUUUCCUGAAGCUGUAGCUCAAGGAAGAAAAGGGCUAAACUCCUAUCAUUUCCUAGCAAUUCAUCUCUGGAAAGAAAGACAACUACAGCUGGAACACUGUUGGCACGGCACAGGUUGAAAUGGGCCAGAAUGUUUCAGGAAACUGGAAAUGAGUAGGAAAAUGCAGCGGCAUCUCUACUCUAGAGCUACUUGCUAGGGGGACCAUUGAAACAUUUUGCGGACAAGUGCUGUUGGCAAUGUUGCUGAAGCCAGUUGUGUGAAUAGGAGGUCGCUGGCCCUUGAUAUAUGAAAAGGGAAAGAAGGAUGACCUUUUCCCCCCCUUGCCUCUUUAUACUUUCUCCUUCAUGGACUCAUAGCAGAGUGUGUUGGAGAGGGAUAUACAGGGAGGGGCAUACUUUCUCCAUUUCAUUGUGAAGGGUGGCUGUCGUGAACACGCAACAUAAACUCAGUCCGCUGCAAGUCUUAUCAUUUUAAUUUCACUUUUUGGGAAAGAUGGGGGCCUCAGCAAUGGAAGGAGCGGCAUCAGUCAGGCUGGGCGAAGGCAUCUUGGACAACUUGUUGAAAAAAGGAACUUCUGCAAACUCUGCUCAUUAUUGGGAUCAAAAGUGUCUAGGGCUCCCAACUGAGGAACUAUAAAGGAGCAAGUACUUCCCUUAGAAAUAAAGAAAUACAAAGAGACUAUUUGCAAACAUAUAGCCUGUUAUUACAGGGUCUUUUUCUGCUCAACCUUAAAUGGAAAUAAAUUGUGUACAUGUGUGUGUUCUAUGUGCCUUC